AAUUGUUUCUUUUUUAAUAUAUACUGUUGUUUUCUGGCUCAGUAGACACUUACAUAUGCAUGCAUAUGCACAAACAGAUACACAGCUAUCUUUUUAGUAAGACAUACUGAAUAUACGCUAUGCGCCAAGAGGCGACAUUAUUAUUAGUAAAACGUCAGCUGAAGGAAGAAGGAAGGCGACAAUGCAACCACAAAUCGUCCGGCCAAUAAGCACCUAUGACAACUUAACUGCCACAGUCAACACAUCGGAGCCGAAGAUAAAACAACAGCAGCCACUGCUGGAGGCAACACGCAGCAACGAUCAUUCGAAGAGUCCCACGCUGCAGUCAUAUUACGAUCAGGCUAGCACUAGCUUACAUUGUGAUUUGGCCGUGAACGUAAACAAGAAAUCUCGGAGCCGAAAAUAUCAGGAAACGCCUGAGGCUGCAGCAGCCAUUGAAACAGCAUCAACAACGCAGGAUCGGCUUGACCCGGAAAUGCCAGAACACGUCUCGGAGCUGAAUGAAACCAGCCACAGCAUCGCAGCUGUUAAAGCGGCGCUGAGUGUUGCAAAAUCCAAAUUUUUUGGAAUCCACAAUUGUGAGACAUUGGACGUUACCGCGCCGCCUUUAGAUGAAAAUGAAUCACAUGCGUCCAUGCUAGUAAUCAAGCCGGAGCCCAAAUACCAAAACGUGCCACAGUCCACCCGUAUUCCCGUUUUACCGGAACCAACCAGCUUAAAGCCGAUGAAAGAGCCCACAAAUGUAUCGCAUCGUUAUGGCGCCACAUAUGAGCAAAUUCCAUUGAGCGAUCUAGAUAUGCUACAGCCAACGCAGGCGGUCUAUAUGAGUACAACGGUGCCACAGAAUAUGAAGGGGAUGAAAAUCGCUGGACGACACACACCUACUCGAAAUAGUCUAAGACACAGUCGGAUGAUUGUUGUAAAUAAUAAGAACCAUGACAGUAUCCAAGAUACGUAUUCUACGCACAUUCGGAAUUCAAAUCUUUCACGUCAACUGCUGAUUUUGCAACUGGCAAUUGGCCUGCUGAUCGUUGGUCUCGCAAUCUCAAUAUUUUUUUUGACACCGAGUGCCUCUAUACUGAUAAAUCCGUACCUAAGUGGCUUAUCACUUUUACUUGCCAGUAUUGCCGGUCUAAUACUGCUUGGUCGGGAUCGCGGAGCUGAAUACAAAAGAGCACAUAACAACUGCUACAAGGUGUUGCUAGCUGAAUCGUACGUGUUUUCUGCUGUGGCACUAAUUUUCUGCUGCUUGGCUCUAGUCUGUGCCGCUAUUGAGUUUGCCGAGCUGCAGAAUACCUCAAUGCUAACUGAUGGCUCCUGUGGUCCAGCAACAAGCUCACUCUUGAAUUAUCGCAACUGCACCUGCCUGACGGAAGACCAACAGGCUACGACCCCAGAAGCAAUAGCCGAAGAUGACACAGGGGAUGUCGGUAACAGUUACACAAACAGUCAAACUUGUGAGGCACUUCGUGGGAAAUGGAAAUAUUUGCUUGGAUUCUCUAUGUCUCUUAAUGCAGUGGGCAUAUUUGCAACAUUUUUAUAUAUUACAAUAUUUAUUUGUUGUCACCAUAACAGUCGAAAACACUUCAAUAUAUCUGUCUGAUAAACUUUGUACCUACAUGCACAUGCAUUGACAAGUACAUAUGUAUGUGUAUGUACAAUUAUUAUUUUUAAUACAAAUACA